AUGAUGCACCAAACUAAAUUUUCAAUCAUAUUUCAGAUUGUAUUCGCUUGCCUGUUCGCUAUUGUGUUGGCCAAUGAAGAAGCUAAUGUUUUGAAAAACGAAUGGGAAGUCAACCCAGAGAACUUCUACUACACCCUCGAGCUGGAUAACCAUAUCAGAGCAGAGCAAAAGGGUAAUCUCGAGGGUAAGGACACAUGGGUUGUAACUGGUGAAUAUGAGCAUCUAACUCCUGAAGGCAAAACCGUUAAGGUGACCUACAAAGCCGACGAGACCGGCUACCAUCCACAUGUUGACACCGUAUUGUAAAAAGCUCUGUUAGUUUAAAACGGAAAAGAA